AUGGUGCAGAAGUGCCCGAAAAUCAAUAUCAACAUGGAGCGGAAGAAGAAGAACUUACUAAUGGGGACUCUAUGCAUAAUUGGAGCUGUAUUAAUUCAUUUGACUUUCGGUUACUUUUAUACAAUAGCGAACAUGGUUCCUUACAUUUUAAGCUACACAAAAGCCCGUGUAGACCCAAGUGUUCAAACUCAGACAACUGUUUGGUUGUCCGCUCUUGCUCUGGCUUGUCAAGGUGCUACUAUGGCCUUUGGAGGAUUUGUUCAUGAAAAGGCUGGUUUUCGCGUAGUUGUAUCAUUGAGCUGUAUUCUUCACAGUGGCAGCGUCUUUCUGACGUACAUUACAAUUCAGAAGUCAUAUAUUGGUGUCAUUAUUACAUAUUCUGUGCUAAUGGGACUGGGAUUGGGCUUUGGAUAUUCCGUGGUGAUGGCUGUAGCAGCGAAAUGGUUUCCUAAACGACGAUUUUUAGUCGUUGGUCUAGUCGUUGGUGGAUACGGACUAGGUGCACUCGUUUUUACCCCUAUACAGACAGCACUUAUCAACCCAAAUAAUGUUGCAGUUAACAAAGAUACAAAGCUUUUUGAAGACCCUGAUGUACUGGAUCGCAUUCCAAGAGCAUUUCUUAUUUUGGGCGGAAUAAUAUUUGGAGGACAAGUUAUUGGUUUUCUUUUAAUGUCCGAGAAGAAACAGAAGGAUAAACCUGACUCUUCCAAUGCAAACAACAACCAAAUUAAUGUACCACCGAAAAAAAUCUUUCGAAAAAUCGACUUCUAUCUUUUAUGGAUGCUUAUGUUUUUAGCAAUCAUACCUGUUACGGUAAUCACAUCAGCGUACAAACUUUACGGACAAACGCAUAUCAAUGACGACCAGUACUUAUCUACUGUUGCUAGUGUAUCAGCCAUUUUAAUGCCGUUACCACUGUGUAUUGUCCUCAUACUCUGGGCUGUGAUUCUUUUCACAUUCCCUCAUAUUGGUUUGGCACCGCCAGUAGCUCUGAAAGCUUUAUAUGCCAUUUGGGUUUGGGCUUUAUUUUUGGUUUUAAGUGGAUUCACGGUUGGAAGUAUACUGUGCGCAAUUGUAACAAUGUUUUUAUCUGCACCCAAUAUUUACUUACUGCAGUUUUCGGCCUGUGGAGGAGUUUGUUUACUUGCAUUCCUGUUUGCAAUCUUUCUUGAGGAUAAGAAAAUAAUAAAAAGAUUGAUUGCAUUUGCUGUACGAACGCAUGUCAAAAGCUAA